GGGGUGGCACUGCUGGCUGGCACUGCUGGCUGGCACUGCAGUGUACUGGGUGACACUGCCAGGACAUGGCCAGGGCCCUGCUGUGGCUGCUGCUGGCCGGGCACUGGGCAGGGCUGGGCCAGGCUGGGCAGUGCCAGGACGGGGAGCUCAGGGUGGGCUGGGGAGGUGUCACCAAGUGCUGCCCCAACUGCACCGGGAAGGCAGGAAACUCUGGGCCCUGUGAGGCGCCGGACCUCGACUGCCGAUGUCCCCCGGGGUACGGCUGCUCUGGGGACCCCUGCCUGUACUGCAAGAAACUGCCCCAGUGCGAGGCGGGCUGGGAGCUCAGCAGGAUCGGAUCUCAGUAUUCGCACUUUGAGUGCAAACGCUGUGAGAACGGCACCUUCUCCAGCACCGAGAACAAGUGGUGCCGCAACUGGACCGACUGCGAGAGCAGAGGCCUCGGCACCCGCCGGGCGGGGAACAGCACCCACGACUCGGAGUGCGGCGCGCCCGCCCCGGCCCGGGAGCCAGCCCCGGUUGCGCUGGAGUUCCCCUCCAGCACCAUCCUGGCCGUCCUGGUGGCCGUGGCCGUGUUCGUGCUGGUCCUGCUCACGUUCCUGCUGCACUUCUGCAUCUGGAGCCUCCACAGGGACCCCAAACUCCUGCUCGGGGCCGCAGAUUUGGGCCCGACCUUCCCGCGGCUGCCCCCGCGGCCGGCGCAGGGGGAGGAAUGCUCCAGCAUCCAAUUCCCGGAGGAGGAGCACGGCGACAAGAGCGAGGAGAAGCUCUCGGUGCUGUCCCUCAAGGUCUACAGCGAGCUGCGAUAAGGGAUGCGAUAAGGGAGGGAUUGCGGGGCUGGGAUUCCCAAACCCCCCCGGCAGCACCGGGCUGGGAUGGAGGAGCCUCUCCCCAGGAAAUGGAGCAGGUUCAGGGAGAGUUUGGGGUUGGUUUUCUCUAAAAAAGUGGGAUUUAGGAAUAAAUCCUGCUGGGGUUGGUUCAGGAGGACGGGAGCAGGGAUAUCCUGAUCUUCAGGAAUGGGAAUGGCGGCCACAUCAUCUGCUGCUUUUCCUCCAUCUCAUCUCCUGCUUUUCCCACAUCUCCAUCUCCUGCUUUUCCCACAUCUCCAUCUCCACUUUUCCCUCAGUUUUCCAGCCCUGCCCCACUGGGUCAUUCCCAACCCCAUUCCAGCCUCUCCCGACCCCAUUCCUGCUCCCCCCCAAAGAUUCCCUUGGGAAGCUCCUCCUGUGCCACCAGGGAUUUUCCUGGAAAAUUUCCAAGGAAAAUCUGGAAAAAAAGGGAGUGAAGCUCAUCCAGGGAAUGGUCAGAGCUCUGGAAAAAUGGAGGGAAUGGGAAAAAAUCCUGGCAAAUGUUCUCAGGUGGGAUUCGGGGAUUUCUGAUCCCUGUGGGGCCCUUCCCACUUGGGAUAUUCCAAGAUUUUUGAUGUAAUUCCAGCAGGUUUGGGAAGUUUUUGGGCUGGCCCCUGUGGAGAUGCCAGUGCCAAAGUGCCAACAACUGUAUUGAUAAUUGUGGAUAAUUGUGGAUAAUUAAGGAUAAUCCAGGACAAGUUUCUCAUGGAAAAUCCCGGGAUUUCAGAGGAAUUGCUCAUGGAUUUAAACCUCUGCUGGAGGAUCCCUGGAUUUUGGGCUGGGAGCCCUGGGAAUGUUCCCCUGGAGAAGGAUUGGGGUGAGGGAUGGAGGGACAGACACUGGGAAUGGAAAAGGGCAGGGUGGGAUCAGAAAUUUGGGAAAACCCCUCCCUGGAACAUUCCAGAGGCUCCCAGUGAAUUCCAGCAGCUUUCCCUGGAUUUGGGGUCGGGGUCACAGCUGGGAAUUCCUGCAGGAACAGAGACCCCAAAAGCUGCUCUGGGAAGUUUCUGAUUCCCUGGGAAAAACUGGGAAAUUCCAAAGAAAAAAUCAUUUGAACCAA